AUGCUGUUCAUCUUUGUUUCGCUCGGCAAAUGGAUAGAGUCCAAGGCCAAGGGCAACACGUCGACCGCUCUUUCCAAGCUUCUGUCCCUGACACCGUCCGUGUGCACUAUUCUCGAAAACCCCGACGACCUCAGCUCGCCCCAGAAAGAGAUAAGCACCGACCUGCUCCAGAAAAACGACGUGGUGGUGCUCCAUCCCGGCGGAAGAGUGCCUGCCGACGGCGUGUGCGUUUAUGGGUCUUCCGAGGUUGACGAGGCGCUCCUGACGGGCGAAAGCGUUCCUGUGGUCAAAAGAAUUGGCUCCAAGCUCUACGGCGGGUCCAUCAACGUCGCGUCGCCGCUGUACAUGCGUGUGGAGGUGAUUGGCGAAAAAACGCACCUGUCGCAGAUCGUCAAGCUUGUGCGAGACGCCCAGAUCGCCAAGGCGCCGGUCCAGAAGUUUGCCGACGUGAUCGCCAGCAAGUUUGUCAUCACCAUACUGGUUCUGUCGCUGUUCACGUUUGUUUUCUGGUGUCUCUACAUUUUCUGCCAGCCUGUCGACAAGGUGCCCAGGUUUUUCGUCGACGCAGACACAGGAAGCGUUGUUUUCUCAAGAAUCCUGCAAAUCGCCAUCUCUGUCGUCGUCGUGGCGUGUCCGUGUGCGCUCGGGCUCGCCGCGCCGACGGCCGUGAUGGUCGGAACCGGUGUGGGGGCCACCAAUGGAAUUUUGAUCAAGGGCGCGGACAUACUGGAAAAAGCAAGCGGAAUCAACUGUGUUGUCCUUGACAAGACGGGCACCAUCACGUCGGGCAAGAUGCGCGUGUCGAAUUACCAUUUUGUUGGCGACAUGGACGAGAAUCUCGUCUGGAACAUAGUACAUGCCAUAGAGUACGAUAGCGAGCACCCUGUGGGAAAAGCGUUGGUUUCCGGGGCCGCUGUUCGCGCUUCGCCGUUCCCCAUUGACGUUACCAAGGUGCACAACAUCGUGGGUCUGGGAUUGGAGGCCCAGAUAAGGCUGGACGGCGAGGACGUGGACGUUGCCAUAGGAAACGGCCAGCUGAUGAAGGAGAAGAAAAUCGCCAACUCGGCCGACUUCCUUGUCUGCUGCAAGCGUUUGAACAACCCGCACAUCUCCACGUUCUCGCACAUUCUCGUCAACGACAAGUACGUCGGCUACGUCGAGCUCGCCGACACGCUCAAGUCCGACGCUGCCAGUACCGUUUCUGCGCUCAUCGGCCGAGGAUUCACCGUUGCCAUGGUGACCGGAGACAACGUGCAGACUGCGCGCACCGUUGCACAGGCCGUGGGCGUCCCGCUGACGAACGUUUUCGCGCAGGCGCAGCCUGACGACAAGCUGCGCGUGGUGGACCAGAUGCAGAAACACGGCCUCAAGGUUGCGUUUGUUGGCGACGGCAUCAACGACGCGCCGGCGCUGAUCCAGGCCGACCUGGGCAUGGCCAUUGCCACGGGCACCGACAUAGCCAUCGAGGCCGCCGACGUGGUGCUGCUCUCUUCUGUGCAGCCGGACGACGACGACGACGGUAUCGCGUUGCAGGAGUACGGCCGCAAGGACGGCACCGCAGGCAUUCUUGCCGCGCUGGACAUCUCGCAGCGCACGUUCCGCAGCAUCAAGGUGAACUUUUUCCUCGCCGUGGUGUACAACCUGAUCAUGCUGCCAAUUGCGAUGGGCUUUUUAAUCAUUCCAUGCGGGCUCACGAUGAACCCGAUGAUCGCGUCGGCGGCGAUGGCGUGCUCGUCUGUGAGCGUGGUGUUCAACUCGCUACGUCUCAAGAGCUGGAAGAUGCCGGUUCUGGACAACUCGCGUGUUCCAGAGGAGCGUGUUGACUGGGCCGACGACCAGGUUCUUUCGUCGAUGGACGUUGCAAAAAUGGACGUCGUCGACAACACGCGGGCCCGCUGGCACACCCGGCUGCUCAGCCGCCUCAAAUCCCCGUACGAGAGACUCCAUUAA